AGACAGCUUCCGGAGUUGAAGGGUUUCUUUGUAACUUGCACUGCCUUCCAACUACUUGGUCGGAAUCCUACCUGUACGUUCUUGUAAGUUCUGUCUAUAUUCCUUGCCAUAUGACCUCAAACUGGGUCGAAGCCCUUCCAGACUUAAACAUGGUUAAACAGUGGCGUUUCAAGAGCAAACGCUGUCUAGUCAUCCUAUAUAAGUACAUAAGUAUAUAUACCCGAGGGAUAUUCAAUGUACUCCUGAUUGGUCUGGGCUAUAUCUACGUAUACUAUGGUAGGUAGAAAUUUUUGCCCGGCUACUUACCGCUUCAGGCCCGCCAUUGCCGUUUAAUGAAUUGUGUAUCGUAUACCUAAACAUAAUGACUAUAACUUGAUUUUUAAAUCAGUGAACCAUAUAAGAUAAAGACAUUAACGAAUUUUGUAACGUGAUGAUACAGUGUAAAAAUAUGCCAAAAUUGAUGUCACUCACCCCUUGGCGGUCCAAAAUGCGCUCAUUGUGUCCAUUUUAGGUUAUUCGGCUUUGGUUACAGGAUUCUGCACUAUGCAGUUUUUUAAUACUAUUUAUAGUAAGGUGUAUGAUAAUUUGACAUCUUGAGGUUUCAUUUGUAAUUAGUAUAUGAAUGUUUUAGGUUAGUGUGUGUAUGUGUGUGCGUGCGUGUGUGCAUGUGUUCAAGUUUAGUGUCUUUUUCAACAAUUUUUCAGUCAUAUAAUCGACGGUUGGUACUUGUAGUAGUGAGCACAAUGCCAAACUUUACAGUGCUGCCACACUGGAAUAUCACGAAGUAGGCAGGUGGCAUGAAAUCCUUGACACAUGUUAUGAUAUCCUAGACACGUGGAAUGAUAUCCUAGACACGUGGCAUGAUAUCCUUGACACGUGACAUAAACACGUGACAUCCUAGACACCUGGAUUGAUAUCACAGACACGCGGCAUGAUAUCACAGACACGUGGCAUGAUAUCCUAGACACGUGGAAUGAUAUCCUAGACACGUGGCAUGAUAUCCUAGACACGUAUAAUGAUAUCCUAGACACGUGGUAUAAACUCUACCCAAUCGCAUUAUACAGACACCGGGCUGACCAGUCCUAGAUCUGUCCUGUGCGCCAAGCAAUAAAGCAGCAGUUAUUUGACUCGUUAAUGUAUACAUAGAGGGCAUUCAAGCUUUUUCAAUGAAUAUUUCACCGAAUGGUGUGGAAUAAAACAUUUUACGAGCGGCGUAGUCAAAACAUGAUUUUGUUUUCAUACCACGAUAUGAAAAUUAGAAAAAAAAUCGUAUCCAUUAUAAAAACUUAUUAUCUGCACAAAAGAUUUAAAAUGCCAAUUGUUCACUGUUAGAACGAGCGACAAGAACAACACUACAUGUUGCGUACAUCCGUUAAGUAGCUGGUCUUAUUUUCGAAAUAACAUACCGGAUACGCUUACUGAAAAACCUGCGUUAGUGAUGCAGUCAGAAGAAUAUAUCAUCUUUGUCUAAGUUUUGACAAUUGUUAAUCCCCCGCCACGAAUGGUGGGCGGUUAUAGGAAUGGUCUUCGUCCGUCGUCCGUUCGAUUGUCAUUCCGUCCGUCCGUAACAAUUAUUGUGUCCGCUUCUUAUAACUUAAACCCCUUGAAGGAUUUUCAUGAAACUUGGGUCAAAUGAUCAUCUCAUCAAGACAAUGUGCAGAACUUAUGAGUCGGCUAUGUUGGCUCAAGGUCAAGGCACAGCUUAAGGUCAAAGGUUUGAGCCUUCAAUUUUGUGUCCGCUCUGUAUCUCAUAAACCCCUUAAAGGAUUUUAAUAUGAUUUCGCUGUAAUAUUCCCCUUAUCAAGACGAUGUGCAGAACUCAAAAUGCACUCAAGCCAGUCCAAGGUCAAGGUCAAAACUCAAAUGUUUGAGCCUUCAGUUUCCUGUCCUCUAAUGAUGAAAACAUAAGGAACUAUGUCUGCCGAUUGAGAAAUGAAUAUACUCUGCAGGGUCAAUAUUGCAAAGUCAAAAGAAACUGAAAGUAUUUUGUAAAAGCAUUGCGUCGUCCUUAUUUGUUCGUAGUAUGAUAUUUUCUGAUGAUGUUAAACUCAUUCUUUGCCCCACUGUUCAGUAACAGUUGCCACUUGCGUUGAUUCUGUUACCAAAAAGUAAUUUUUUGAUUCCGUUGUCUGGUUUAUCUGUUGAAAACAAAUUAAAAUCCUUUUACAUCUUUCAACAGGUAUUCAAAUGAGCAUAAACAAAUGACAGGACAUCGGCAUGACACAAAAAGGAAUGCAAAAUAAAGUAGAGUAUGAUGGGUCACGUGGCUGGCUUGUUGUGUUUGUUGCGUUUAUGACACAUUUUAUUACGCACGGGAUAGUGUAUUCGUAUGGUAUCUUGUUUUUAGCGUUUGAAGAUGUCUUCGGUGCCAAUAAAGCAGAGAUAUCAUGGAUUGCAUCUAUCACGACAGGGUCAUUGUACCUUUCAGGUCCAUUGGCAAGUACUUUUCUUCGCCGUCAUGGAAGCCGUGUGGUCGCUUGUACUGGGACGAUUUUGUCUUUUUGCGGAUGCAUCCUUACACUAUUUGCACCAAAUCUGUACUUUAUGUACUUUUCUCUAGGAUUUCUCACAGGUGUUGGUUAUGGGUUGAUAUUUAUCCCAGCUGUUGUUGAGGUUACCAUGUACUUCAAGAAACAUCGAGCUCUUGCAUGUGGAAUUGCUGUUUCGGGGGCGGGUGCUGGUGCUUUUGUUUUCAGUCCAUUAAUUGAACAUCUUCUGGAUGCGUAUGCAUGGCGUGGUACUUUACUAAUUUGCUCCGGAUUGCUGCUGAAUUGUGUACCCUGUUCACUUAUAUUUAGAAAUAAGUUCGUAGUAGAAGAGUCUAAAAGUUCAAAACGGGAAAAUAAUGAAUCUAAUGGUUAUCUUGACGUAACAGUGGAGUAUGUACAUAGCAAUACCAACACUUCAAAUACACCUUGUAAACUGUGUGAUGAAACGGAUAAUGAAAUCGCUGAAAAAAUACACAGAACAGAAAUAGUUCAAGUCAAAAGUGUUGUCAUUGAUAAAAAGCUUGACAUCGAAACAGAAUUACAAGAGGCAUCUGUAACAGAGAAAAUGCUCCAAGACGCUGAUUAUGACUAUAAUAAAGGCAUUGGAAAUUCUUUCUCCGGGAGAGAAACUAAGAAAUAUUCCAGAUGUUUUUGCUGCGAAAUGCCAAAGCUAUCUUUAUUUCAUAUAUUACGACAGAAUGAGAUGAUAUUGUUUUAUUGUGCUCAAAUUCUCUUUUUUCUCGGAUUUUAUUUCCCGUUUAUAGGCAUUCCUGGUAUGGCAAUUCAGUGUGGAAUUGGUGGAUCAAAGGCCGUCUGGAUCAUUUCUACAAUUGGUAUAUGUACGGUAAUUGGUCGUAUUGUGCUUGGGUACGUGUCUGAUAGACCAUUUAUGAACAGCCUCUUUCUUUACAAAGUAGCACUUCUUGUCGCCGGGAUCAGUACAACACUGGUGCCUUUGUUAUCUAGCUAUGCAGCAUUGUUACUAUAUGCUGCAGCAUUUGGUGUAUCAACAGCGGUGCUGCUUUCUCAGACAACAGUAGUUCUGGUAGAAAUCAUUGGUAUGGAGAGAAUGUCCGAUGCUAUGGGCCUGAACAACAUGUUUAGUGGAUUUGGUGCAUUACUAGGUCCUCCUACAUUAGGAAUGUUGUAUGACCAGACCAAAAGCUACACAUUUCCUUUCAUUACAUCUGGACUGAGUAUGGCUAUGGGCGGUAUACUUCUGUUUCUUAUGGCACUUUGUAUGAAAUAAGUAACUGACAAUAAAACUUUACAUUAUAUUUA